UGAGUCAGGUAGAGGAGUCGAUAAAACCACCUGAUCCAGGAAAAGGAAGGCACCGCGGAGCAGAGACUCACAGGCGCGCCUGGGCGGCGCAGCGACCCCGCAGCAGAGAAAGGCAGCAGAGAAAGGCCAUGCCCGCGCUCUGGCUCAGCUGCUGCCUCUGCUUCUCCCUCCUCCUGCCUGCGGCUCUGGCCACCUCUGGGAGCCAAGUGUGUGACUGCAAUGGGAAGUCUGGGCAAUGCACCUUUGAUAGAGAACUUCACAGACAGACAGGAAAUGGAUUCCGCUGCCUCAACUGCCAAGACAACACCGAGGGCAUUCACUGUGAGAGGUGCAAAGAGGGCUUUUUCCAACCCAGAGCUCAAGACCACUGCCAACCCUGCAAUUGUAACUCUAAAGGUUCUCUCAGUGCUCAGUGUGACAGCUCUGGGCAGUGCAGCUGUAAGCCAGGGGUGAUGGGAGACAGGUGUGACCGCUGUCUGCCAGGUUUUCGCACACUCUCGGAGGCAGGCUGCUCUCAAGACCAGAGGCUUCUAGACCCUAGAUGUGACUGCAACCCAGCUGGCAUCUCAGGACCCUGUGACUCAGGCCACUGUGUCUGCAAGCCAGCUGUCACUGGAGAGCGCUGUGACAGGUGUCGCCCAGGUCACUAUCAUCUGGAUGGGGGGAACCCCAAGGGCUGCACCCAGUGUUUCUGUUAUGGACAUUCAGCCACCUGCCACAGCUCAGGAGACUACAGUGUGCAUAGAAUCACCUCUUCCUUCCAUCAAGAUGUGGAUGGUUGGAAGGCAGUCCAGCGAAAUGGGUCUCCUACAAAACUCCAGUGGUCACAACGCCAUCGGGAUGUGUUUAGCUCAGCACGACGCUCAGACCCCGUCUAUUUUGUAGCUCCUGCCAAAUUUCUUGGAAAUCAGCAGGUGAGUUACGGGCAGAGCCUGUCUUUUGAUUACCGUGUGGAUAGGGGCGGCAGACACCCAUCUGUUCACGAUGUGAUACUGGAAGGUGCUGGGCUCCGGGUCAUGGCUCCCUUGAUGCCACGUGGUAAGACACUGCCUUGUGGAGUCUCCAAGACUUACACAUUCAGAUUAAAUGAACAUCCCAGCAGUAACUGGAGCCCCCAGCUGAGUUACUUUGAGUACCGGAGGUUACUGCGGAACCUCACAGCCAUGCGGAUACGAGCUACCUAUGGAGAAUACAGCACUGGGUACCUGGACAAUGUGACCUUGAUCUCAGCACGCCCCGUCUCGGGUGCUCCAGCUCCCUGGGUUGAACAAUGUGUCUGUCCCGCCGGGUACAAAGGGCAGUUCUGUCAGGAUUGUGCAUCUGGCUACAAAAGAGAUUCGGCCAGACUGGGACCUUUUGGCGCCUGCAUCCCCUGUAACUGCCAAGGGGGCGGGGCCUGUGACCCAGACACAGGAGACUGCUACUCAGGAGAUGAGAACCCCGAUAUUGAGUGUGCAGACUGUCCCCUGGGCUUCUACAACGACCCACAUGACCCCCGCAGCUGCAAGCCCUGCCCCUGUCGCAAUGGCUUCAGCUGCUCGGUGAUGCCCGAGACGGAGGAGGUGGUGUGCAGCAACUGCCCCCCUGGCGUCACUGGCGCCCGCUGUGAGCUCUGUGCUGAUGGCUACUUUGGAGACCCCUUUGGAGAGCAGGGUCCCGUGAGGCCUUGCCAGCCUUGUCAGUGCAACAACAAUGUGGACCCUGGGGUCCCUGGGAACUGUGACCGUCUGACAGGCCAGUGUCUGAAGUGCAUUCACAACACCGCUGGCGCCCACUGUGAGCAGUGCCAAGCAGGGUACUUUGGAAACCCCUUGGCUCCCAACCCACUGGACAAGUGUCGAGCUUGCAGCUGUAACCCAUUGGGGUCAGAGCUGGCAGAGUGUCGAGGUGAUGGCAGCUGUGUUUGCAAGCUGGGUUACAGUGGCCUCAACUGUGAGCAUGCAGCACAAACCAGCUGUCCCUCCUGCUACAACCAAGUGAAGACACAGGUGGAUCUGUUUAUGCAGCAGCUUCAGAGGCUGGAGGCUCUAGUCUCAAGGGCUCAGGGUGCUGGUGGAGCAGUGUCCAACUCAGAGCUGGAAGGCAGGAUGCAGCAGGCGGAGCAAGCCCUUCAGGACAUUCUCCGAGAAGCCCAGAUUUCAGAAGGUGCAAUUAGAUCUCUCAACCUUCGGAUGACCAAAGCCAGGAACCAACAAAGUAGCUACCAGAGCCGCCUGGAUGACCUCAAGCUUGCUGUGGACAGAGUCCGGGCACUGGGCAAUCAGUAUCAGAACCGCAUUCAGGAUACUCGAAGGCUCAUCACUCAGCUGCAGCUGAGCCUGGAGGAGAGCGAGGCGUCCCUGCGAAACACAAACAUUCCUCCCUCCGAUCACUAUGAGGGACCAAAUGGCUUUAAAAGUCUGGCUCAGGAGGCCACAAGGCUGGCUGACAGCCAUGCUGAGUCAGCCAGCAACGUGGAGCAGCUGGUAAGGGAAACUGAGGACUAUUCCAAGCAGGCACUGUCACUGGUGCGCAAGACUCUGGAGGAAGGAGGUGGAAGUGGAAAUCUGGAUGCCUUCAUGGUGCAAGGACUUGUGGGAAAAUUAGAGAAAACCAAGUCUCAGGCCCAGCAGUUGUCCAGGGAGGUCACUCAAGCUGACCUGGAAGCAGAGAGGUCUUACCAACAAAGCCUUCAUCUUCUUGAUUCUGUGUCUCAGCUUCAGGGAGUUGGGGCCCAGUCCUUUCAGGUAGAAGCCAAGAGGAUCAAACAAAAAGCUGAUUCUCUCUCAAGCCUGGUGACUAGACAAAUGAAUGCGUUCAAACAUGUGCACAGCAAUCUGGGGAGCUGGGAAGAAGAAACCCAGAAGCUCUUGCAGAAUGGAAAGAAUGAGAAACAGAAAUCAGAUCAAUUGCUUUCCCGAGCCAACCUUGCUAGAAGUAGAGCCCAAGAAGCACUAAGUAUGGGCAAUGCUACUUUUUAUGAAGUUGAGAAUAUCCUAAAGAACCUCAGAGAGUUUGACCUGCAGGUAGAAGUCAGGAAAGCAGAAGCUGAAGAGGCCAUGAAGAGAUUCCCCUCCAUCAGCCAGAAGGUUGCAGCUGCCAGAGAUAAAACUGAGCAGGCAGAAGCAGCCCUGGGCAGCACUGCAGCCGAUGCCCAAAGGGCAGCCAGGGCAGUCCUGGAGAUCACCAGCAAGAUUGAACAGGAGAUUGGGGGUUUGGACUUGGAAGCCAAUGUGACCGCAGAUGGAGCCUUGGCCAUGGAGAAGGGACUGGCUGCUCUGAAGAGUGAGGUGCGGAAAGUGGAGGGAGCACUGACCCAGAAAGAACAGGACUUUGACAUGGACUCAGACGCUGUGCAGAUGGUUAUUACAGAAGCCCAAAGAGUUAACACCAGAACCCAGGAUGUUGGAGUUACCAUCCAAGACACACUCAACACUCUGGACAGCAUCCUGCACCUCUUAGAUCAGCCUGACCGCGCAGAUGAAGAGGGUCUGCUCUUACUGGAGCAGAAACUAGCCCGAGCCAAAACCCAGAUCAACAGCCAGCUACGGCCCCUGUUGUCGGAGCUGGAAGAGCGGGCCCGUCGGCAGAGCGGCCACCUCCACUCGCUAGAGAUAAGCAUCGAUGGGGUUCUAGCAGAUGUGAAGAACCUGGAGAACAUUCGGGACAACCUGCCCCCAGGCUGCUACAACACCCAGGCUCUAGAGCAACACUGACGCUGCCAUCCAACUGUCUUAGCCAAGGCUCCUGGAAUGCAGACCUCAGGGCCAUCUCAUGGGGGUAGGGUGGCACAGGGACCCUUGGACAUGUUCAGGCCAAAUGAGGUGGAUCCCAUCCCCGAGGCCCUGGCCAGGGCACUAGCUCCUUGCCUCAGUAUGCUGCUGUUUUCUUCCUGGUGGCGGCCCAUGAGGCAGACAGCACUGAGCAAGAGGCUGAACUAGCACUGUGGCCCAAACGGUGGACUGGAUGGAAGGACAAAUCACACGGGCAGGAGAUGGCCACAGAAUGGUCAGAAUCUAAAACCUGGAGUGUGGAUGAGUGCUGCUAGGUUAGCCAGCUGAUUCUUCAAGUAAUGUGACCAAAAGACACAUUUUUAAAUUUCCCCAGGAAAUUCUUCCCUAUGUCCGAACAGAGAGCGAAGUCCUAUCUCACUAUGACCAGUAGAAUACUGUUGCCUUUUGGCAUCCAGAUACCAGCCUGUCAUUGACCAGACUUCCUCCACCUCUCACCUGGCUGGUAAAUACACACUUCCCCCUCUAAGUUGGAAGGAGGGAACAGUGGCUGGAAGCUUCCCUUUGGAACAGAGACACCUGAUGGUGGCUGCCGCUUUUUAGUCCUUCUGGGCCUAGAGGGGGCAUCCUUUCUCCUGACAGUGCUAAGGCAAUGUAGAGUCUACAUUUUUAUUAAAGCAUUUUCUGCCAGCAAAGUAAAACACUGGAAGAGGCUUUUACUUGUGGGUUUCAAAGUAAUUUUAAACAAAAAUGCAGCUUGGACAUUUGAAAGAGGUGUGAUUAAGUUAUUUAGUGCCCACAAUUCAAUCCCAUUAUCAAAAAUAUAUUUAAGCAUCUGUGUGUUUUAUUGCCCUCCCACCCCAACACACACAACAGAGAAUAUUCCUACCCACACCUGGGUAGACCCCAUCCUUCCAUCCAUCCUCCCAUCCUUCCAGCAUAUAUUUAUUGAGUGGCUACUACAUGUUCAGGGCUGGCAUAUAGGGGUGACAGAGUCUCUGUCCUCACAGAUUGACCAGCAAGGGAGACAGACAUUGGAAAAACAAACUUACAAAUCACGUUGAUUACAAGUGGCGUUUGUGGCAGUAACCCCCUGGGUUGCAACCUCCUUUCUCAAUAGAACAUGUUGCAAAAUGCUCCCAGUGUGUGUGGGGGGGCUUGGGUUUUGGCACAUCCCAGAUGGUGCUGGGGUGUACACCCUUCUUUGUAUGCCAGAAGUUACUCCGCCCUUUUCCACAACUGAUUACAACAGGCUGUUGAGUCAUGGAGAUACCAGUGGGAAUUUCUGGAAAAAUCAGGGACUCUUCUCACCCCUCCACCUUGGAGCAGAGGAUUUUGGUGCUGCCUCCCAUCUGUAUCCUCUUGGCUUUUCAAGGACAUGGUUUUCAAUAAAGAACAAUUAUUUGA